UCCCUGUGACUGUCCCUCCCUCCCCACCCAGCACUGUUAGAUCAGCCAGAGUCCCGGCACGGAAUCGCACUCAGAUUCUCAACCGGCCUGGAAAUGACUACAAGGUCGCAGGGACACCCUAUGGUGCGUUCCCAGGUCUCCGCCACACAGCACUUGCGGGAGCGCCAGAAGUUCUUUGAAGAUGUUCUCCAGCAUGAUGUGGACCUGUACUAUCCUUCCUGCCACCUUCUGAACGAGGGCUGGCGACCUCCUCUUGACAGUGUGUCAUCAAUGGAAGUCAAUAUUGACUGUCUGGACUUAAAUGACCCUCUGGACGUUACCGAGUUGGAUGCCUUUCAGCAGUCAGAGGACCCUGAGAGUCCUACAGAUAACAUUGAUGCGGAAGGUUCCUGGUUCUCAGGCCCAGACUCUCCCAGCUCUCAGCAGCAAGUCAGCCAUGAUACUGACAAUGCAGGAGAAGAGGAGGAAUCUGAGGAACAGAAUGAAAGGGACAGUGUCAGCUCAGAACCUGCUCACCCCAAGCAGAGUGAGGCAGGCACAUCGGAGAGAGGCUAACCAUGGAUUGGACUGGGCUGUACUGAUCUGCAAACUAUGAUGCCACUCAGCACAACUUCAUACCCCAUUCCUCACCCCAAUUCUUAUCCUGAAAGAAGCAUUGACACUGGAAUACAAAGCCAUAAUAGCGUACGACAAACCUGGGAGACUGUUCAAAAAUAAUUCUUGGUAAAUACUAUUUUAUAUAUGGUAUUGUUUUUAGGGUACACCUCUUUUUUGCUUUUUCCUGCUUACCCACUACGCAGAGGACUAACCAACAGACUAACACUAUUGUAUAGGUGCUCUACAUAGAAUACGAGGAGUAGCAGUAUAUAAACCUAAGGUGAGGAUUUACUUGAUUAUAGCAGGCUAGCUCUAGGGGGCAGCAGACUUUGUCAGCAUGGAAUUUGCAGGCCUACGUAUCCCCAUAAGCCCCUCUCCAACCUCACUGCAAGUGAGACGCUGGAAGUUUUGCCAGAGUUUGCCUUACCCUGGCAUUGCCUUAAAGCCAUCACCACAGAAGCCUUAGCUAAUUUACAAGCAACAGGAUAUUUUGUACAGAAUAAAAUGUUUUGCUUUUAACUGGAGGCAGUUACAUGAUAAAGCUUGCAUGGCUUUGGGGAUGUGGCACUGAUUCAGAAUAUGCAGAAUAUGCACUGAUACACGUUCACUAGUGACCCUUCCUCUGGGGCUUUAGCACUUUAGGCAAAACUGUUUCAAAGGUUGGAAGAAGCAACAAACUAACACACCAUUCACCCUAAAGCUUAUUUAGGAAGUUUAACUGUAUGUCUGCUAAUCUUUUUGUAGCCAAUGAGUUUUUUGUAUAAAUACUAUGUUCUUUAAUGUUUA